AUGAGAAACCGUACAUCAUUAUCUACAUUCAUACUUCUGGGACUGACAGGUGAUCCUCAAAUGCAGGUUCUCAUUUUUAUAUUUCUGUUUGUCUCCUACACACUGAGUAAAACUGGGAACAUGACCAUCAUUAUACUCACUUUGGUAGAUUCUCACCUUAAAACUGCCAUGUACUUCUUCCUCAAACACUUCUCCUUUUUAGAAACCUUCUUCACUACGGUCUGCAUCCCCAGGUUCCUAUACAGCUUAUCAACUGGGGACAAAACUAUCUCCUAUAAUGCUUGUGUGGCUCAAUUAUUUUUUGUCAUCCUUUUUGGAGCCACAGAAUUUUUUCUCCUGGCCGCCAUGUCCUAUGACCGCUAUGUGGCCAUCUGCAAACCCUUACAUUAUGCGACCAUCAUGAACAGCAGAGUCUGUGGAUGGCUUGUCAGCUGCUGUUGGAUAGCAGGCUGGUUGGUCAUAUUUCCACCACUGUGCCUGGGCCUAAACCUGGAAUUCUGUGACUCUAAUAUCAUUGAUCAUUUUUCCUGUGAUACUUCUCCUUUGCUGAAGAUAUCUUGUUCAGACACCCAGCUCAUAGAACAGAUGGCUGUUGCCCUUGCUGUGUUGACUGAUAUCAUGUCCUAUACCUACAUCAUCAAGACCAUCAUAAAGUUCCCUUCUGCCCAGCAAAAGAUGAAGGCCUUCUCUACCUGCUCUUCUCACCUGAUAGUGGUUUCUAUCACCUAUGGCAGUUGUAUCUUCAUCUAUGUCAAACCAUCACCAAAAGAUGAUCCAGCAAGUAAUAAAUGUGUGUCUGUGCUCAGCGCUUCAGUUGCCCCCAUGCUAGACCCACUUAUUUAUACCCUGAGGAACAAGCAAGUGAAACGAGCUUUCACAGACUUAAUCAAAAGAAUUUCAUUGAUCUCAAAGACAUAA